AUGGAUUUUUCAAGCAACAACAUAUCUGGAGUUAUUCCGGAGACAAUAUGUUCCAUAGAAUCGCUUCUGUCAUUGCACUUGGGCAGUAAUAGUUUAUCUGGAGAGUUGCCUUUGUCAUCGAAAGGUUGUACGAAAUUAGUCCUUCUUGAUGCUGGACAUAAUGAUUUGAAAGGUGAAAUUCCAACUUGGAUUGGUGAAAGUUUAACUAGUCUGAGGUUCCUCAAUCUACGAUCAAAUAUGUUGGACAGAGAUAUUACUCCAAAUCUUUCAAAGUUAAGUGCUCUCCAAUUUCUCGACCUCGCAGAUAAUAAGUUGUCGGGAACUAUUCCAAGGAGCUUUGGAAAUUUUACUGCCAUGAAAAUUAUUGGAAAAUUUUCAAAUUGGAUAACAGAUUAUAAGGAGCAGAUGCUUAUAACAACUAAAGGAAACACUCGAAUGAUAACAGGUUAUAUGGAGCAGGAGAAGAUGUUUAUAACAACUAAAGGAAUCACUCGAGUCUACGAUGAGUUGCUUUCACUUAUGAAAAUCUUGGAUCUCUCAAACAAUAAUCUAUUUGGAGUAAUACCUGAAGAACUAACAAGUCUUUUUGACUUAUUCAGUUUAAAUUUAUCUGGAAACCAUUUCACAGGAGAAAUCAUUGAAAAUAUCAGUAAAUUACAACAGUUGGAGUCCCUUGACUUGUCAAGAAACAAUUUUUCUGGCACAAUUCCUUCUAGCCUCGCUGCACUGACUUAUUUGGCUUACUUGAACCUGUCAUACAACAACUUGUCAGGAGAAAUACCUCUUAGCAAUCAACUUCAGACCUUCAAUGCAUCUAGCUAUAUUGGCAAUCCUGGUCUUUGUGGGUUUCCUCUGAAUCAAUGUUGCAAAGACAAUGAAACAGCACAAGGUCAAAGUAAUCCACAUGAUAGAGAUGAGAAUGAGAUGAUAUGGUUCUACACGAGCAUGGCACCAGGAUUUGUUGUUGGUUUCUGGACGAUCUGGGGUACAUUGAUACUUAACAAGAAUUGGAACCUUUAUUACUUCCGAUUUAUAGACAACAUGUUUGACCAAGUGUAUGUGUUCACCGUACUCAACAUGUCUAGGAUCAGAAAACAUGGUUGUUCCCAGUAA